CACAGAAAUGGUUCAAGCGUUUCAAAAAUCAAUAAAUUUUCAUAAUAGCCACAAAACCAGAUCAAAAACACAAAAAAAAAUAUAUAAAAAAUCAUUACUUUAACACGGCGCACGAACUUUUUCCUCAACCUAAUAUUUUCGCACAUAAAGACUGCACAAUCAAGUGUCAUCAUUGUCAAGGUAAUCAUAUCUCCACCGAUUAUAAAUGUCCAGUGAUUGCAGAAUUUCGAGGGCGUUUAAUUGAGGAGUUAAAAAGAAAUCCUGAACGUCUUCCAUCUGACGUGCAAUUCUUUAUCCCUUCAUCUUAUCGAUAUAAAUACGAUCGUUCAAAUAUUAUUUAUAAUCGUAAAUCAUAUGAACAACAGAUUUAUCAUCAACAAACUGAAACACCUAAUUUUUGUCAAGCCUGUAUAUUUAUGCAGCAGUGUCAACAAAGUCAAGAACAAAUGAUAUAUACUAUGAGUAAAGCUGUGAGCAGUACAAUGUUUCAGACCUCUGCAAAAAUGACUGAAGUUCUUCAUUUAUUAACUCUAAAGAUUAAGAAACAAUUCAAAGACAAUUCAGAAUUUGAUGAAGCUAUUCAACAACUUAAUUCACAAAUGUUAUUCAUACAAGAGACACAUAGUGAAUAUUGUAAAUAUCAAGAAGAGAUGACAACUUUAUCUAAAAAACAAAAUGAAUUUAUGAAAAAUGCCGUUGAUUCUUUUUAUCAGUUUAACAAUGUAUAG